GGGCGUCGCGAUCGCCCCGCCCGCUCUCCGCCCUGCCCAGUCACCACUCCUGCCCGCCCUGCCCUCCAGCGCCUGCGCAUCCAUCGGGCGGGGCGGGCUGGGCUCUACCCGUCUCAGGUGGCCGCUAGUUGCUGAGUGGUCGGUUUGGGUGGCCUCUGGACACAUCUUGCUGGAUGGGAACAGCAUCCUACGGGAAGACGGGCGACCUCACUAUACUUUUACCUGACUGGCUAGAGACCCAAGAAAAAGAGACGGAAGCCCAAAAGUCGGUUGAUUUGAGAACCAGAUGAGUGGUGUUGGAGUUCAACUCUUCCCGUAAUCUCUUAGGAUACUACCAGGGAAGUUUUCCAGCAUCAAUUAUGAAAAAACAGAGUUUAUUAAUCAGUAAAAUGCAACAAUACCCACAACUUCUUCGAAGACCUUUACCUCCCAAACACCCUAAGCUGCCUUUAUAUACAAAGAAAACCCAUACAGCCAAGACUGGUGAAAUUGAGACACUCUCUGGAAAGUUCACUCGAGAUGAAACCACUUCAGUUCCAAAAAAACCUGCUUUACUUGAUGUAUCUUCAGAAGAAAAAGCACAAGGUCCUAUCAAUAUCCAAGCUGACUCUUUGGAUCAAAAUGUAACAGAAGCAGUAACUGCAAUUUCAACAUCCACAAAAUCUAGAAAUGUCAGAUCCAUGUUUAUUCCAAGUUAUGCUUUAGUUUCAACUCAAUUUUUCAAGAAAAAUAUAAGAAAAAUGAAAAGAAGUUCAGAAAAGUCCACAACUAAACUACCCAAAGUAGAAAAUAUUAUUACUGAUAAAAAAUUAGAAGACAUUUUGGUUGUUUCUUCAAAGUUCCCUCAAUCAGACGGUUCUUCAUUAGUUAACAAACGAAAGCGUGACUCUUCCAAAAGUGCAGUGUUGCCAAGUCGUCUAGUCAGUGCCUCACACAAGGUAGUAACCAUUAGUAAAGUGCUACUAGGGAUUACUCAGUUUCCAAGAAACAUUGUCCUACCAACACCAAUUUUACCAAGAAAACCUCAUCCACAGUCUAUCAUAGAAAGUCUUGCAUCAGAAAAUGAAAAGAGAGAAAGUGUUCUGAGGCUACCUGAAGGUGGCUCUAAAUAUAAAAAAACAGAAUCAGACUACGUUUUAUACGGUGACGGUUUUAAGACUAUUGAGACAACACAUUCGGAAACAAUAAUAGCGAUGGCCAACCUGGCUGUAGUAACUUGCCAAGUGCAUGGAAGAAAUGCACUUAACCUUAAGGGUUUUUUCCUCCUUUAUUGUCCAGACUUCUCACCUUUGGCUUCCCAAUUGAUAUAUCUUAAUUUAUCAUUUAAUGACCUCCGUGAAUUUCCCAUAGAAAUACUUUGUCUUAAAAAUCUACAAAUACUGAAAAUGAGAAAUAAUCCCAUCAAAGAAAUUCCUUCUGAAAUCCAAUACCUUAAGUUCCUUCGAAUUUUCAGCAUUGCUUUUAAUUAUAUUCAUGUUCUUCCGAAUGGGUUAUUUUCCUUGGCCCAUCUUGAGGAACUUGAUAUUUCCUAUAAUGAAAUUACUUCUAUUCCGAAUGAUAUCCAGAAACUCAGGUAUUUGGGGAUUACACUAAUUAGAAAGGAGAUAAGUGACUGUGGAAAACACUACUGAGACAAGUGAAAAUAAGAAAAUCAAGUCAUGCUGGUUUUCUGAAUAAAGGACCAAGGAUUAUUGAAAGCAACUGACACAGUGAAGACUUAAGGGGACUUGGGUGUUGAAAAAGUCAAAGCAUAACAUAGCACAUGGUGUAUUUUGAUGGCACAAAUUUCACUGGUUUUAUUACCAUUGGAAUGACAAAUACAUGUUGAAAUUCAAUUUUCUAUAAAAGCAUUUUUUCUGUAUGUUUUUAAAUAUUGUAUUAUAUAAUGUUUGUUAGUCUUCCUGUGAUUGUGGACAUUAUUUCUUUUUCCACACUGAUGACCCCAUUCAAAGACCUUCCAAAUACAGGCACCAACUGAGCACACAAAGUGUACUUAUUUGGGUAAAAAUAUAUUAGUUCAGUUGU